AAUUAAAAAGGAGAAAAUGAAUCCUGAUCCAGGAGCCACAGAGCUGGAUUCCCCCUGGGUGGCUCCCGGAAAGCCCACCUGUGAUGAAGCAGACAGCCAGAUUCAGGACCAGGAGCUGGAUCCGGUGCUGGUCUGGGUUCCCAGCGGGAAGCGUCUGAUCUCAGGCCUGCUGGGUAUGAAUGUGGUCCUGCUGGGAGCGGCUCUGGUGGGAGGCCAGGCUUUCAACCCCGAGGGCCUGAAGCACCAGGAGCCCCAGGUGUUCCUGCUGCUGCUGAUGGUGGCCAGUUUGAUCUGGAUGCUGUGGUACCUGCUGUGGGCCAGGAAACAGCCCGGAAUCUGCCCACAUAAAGACCACCAUGCUGGGGGAAUCACUGUCAUCUUGGUCCUCAUCCUGUUCGCUGUCUUCAGCAUGCUGCUGUACAUCUGCAGGACAGGUUAUCUGAUCAGUGUGAGGGAGUGUACACCUGCUGCCAAAGUGCUCUCUCCGUUCAUAGAGGCUCCUUUUCUCGCGCUGCAGACGUAUUUGCUGUGGGCUCACUCCAAAGACUGUAUCCACAGACACAAGAUAAUCACCAGGUCCGGGCUGAUGGUGAUCCUCUCUGCCGACCUGCUGCUGUGGCUGAACGCGGUCACAGAGGACACCAUCCACGAGGAGAUCGAGUUAGAAAAGGAAGACAGACUUUAUUUCAACAACACAAGCUCAUCUGGAGCCGACAUCUCCGAUUCAGCAGAUAAUUCGACAUUGUGUCAGUGCAGUGCGAGUGCAGCCUGCCUCACCUUCAGGAAAGGCUUUGAGAUCCUUUAUCCCUUCCACAUCGAGUUCUACCUGAUGGCAGGCUGCAUGAUCUAUGUGAUGUGGAAGAACGUGGGCCGCAGGAUGAGUCCACCUCAGCAUGUUGGUCAGAAGGUGACCUUUCAUAUCGUCUACCAAGGUGGGAUCCUAUACGGCCUUGUGUUUGGUGGCCUGGUCCUCGUAGCAGGGGUGACCGCAUUCAUUCUCUAUCAGGUCUGGGUGAGCCAGCCGCAGCUCCGCGUCACUGCCUUCCUCAUAUUUUACGGCUACCAUUUAUCCGUCAUGCCUGUCAUGUCUUUCUGCUCCCUGGCUGGGCUGCUGGUCCACCGGCUGGAGAGGAGGGCACAUGAAGGGGGACACAACCCUACCCGCAGCCUGGAUGUGAUCCUCCUGGUGGCAGCAGCUCUGGGCCAGCUCGCCCUCUCCUACUUCUCCUUAGUGGCGGCCCUGGCUUUGGGGACGAGUGGGCUUCUGGGAGACCUGGACCUGUCCUACUCCCUCCUCAGCUUGCUGGAGCUCAUCCUCCAGAACAUCUUCAUCAUCGAAGGCCUCCACAGGCACCCGAACCUGCUCACCAAGAAGAGACAGAAGCAGAGGAGCAGCAUUUUUAAGCCUAAGAAAAAGGUCACAGCGUCAAUAGAAGAGAAGAAGAGGACAGAUAUCUCACUGCUGGAGGGCAACACGUCAGCACCCCCUGCUGUUCAGGAGCAUGAUGGGAAAAAGUCAUGGACUAAAAGAGCGAUACAGGAAAUCUGUGCCUUCCUGAUCCUUUCUAAUAUCAUGCUGUGGGUCAUCCCUGCCUUCGGAGUCCACCCGCAGUUUGAGAACGGCCUGGGGAAGCAGUUUUUCGGCUUCAGUGCUUGGUUUGUUCUGGUGAACCUGGGCCAGCCGCUCAGCGUCUUCUACAGGAUGCACUCAGUGGGAGCUUUAAUGGAGCUGCUCAUCUCGGCAUGA